AAGAUGUUGUCUUUGCUCUUUGUCUUCCUGGUACUGAAGCCUGCCUUACUGCUCUGCAGUUUGACUGACCCUGUGUGCUUUUUCAGAGUGAAAGACAAGGAAAACCCAGAAGGAGAUAAAGAUACUGAUUGUUCCUUUUUCAUUUAUACAGAACAUGGAAAUAUGAAAAGUGAUUAUUUCAGUGGAAGUCUAGAUAAACAGUUGACACCAAAGAAUGUCCACUUGAUUUUCUCUCUUUAUUAUGCCAUGGAAGAAAUCAAUAGAAACCCUCAUAUUUUACCAAAUAUUUCUCUGCUAGUUAACAUCAAAUGUAACCUGGUGGAGGAGAAGAAGAAAUAUGGUCUAUCUCCAAAAAGUAGUGAAAACUUUCCUAACUACUACUGCAAAGAUCAGAGAAAACAUUUAAUUGUACUUACAGGACCCAUAUGGGGAGUUUCUGCAACUUUUGGACCAUUGUGGUACAUGUCUAGAACUCCAGAGCUCUACUAUGGUUAUUUUCAACCUCUCCUGAAUGUCCAUGAACAAUUUCCUCACCUCUAUCAGAUAUCUCCAAAGGACACAUCUCUGCCACUAGCCAUGGUGUCCCUACUGAUUUACUUCAGAUGGAAUUGGGUGGGAGUGAUCAUUUCAGAUGAUGACCAUGGAAUUCAAUUUCUUUCUGAAUUGAGAGAGAAGAUGCAAAGAAACAUUGUCUGUUUAGCAUUUGUAAGUAUUAUCAUCCACGGGAAUUUAUCAUUCCUUAAAAUGGCUGAUAAGUACUUUCACCAGAUCAUGAUGUCAUCAGCAAAAGUUGUGAUUGUUUAUGGAAACAAAGACUCUACUGUACAACUGAACUUUAUACUAUGGAAAUCUGUAACAGUUAACAGAAUCUGGGUCAGUAUGUCACAAUUUGAUAGAAUCACAAUUAAAGGACAUUUCUUGCUUAACUCCCCCUAUGGGACUUUCAUUUAUUCACAUCAGAAUUCUGAGAUAUCUGGUUUUAAACAAUUUAUGCAGAGAGUGCACCCUUCAAAUUACAGUAAUGAAAUUUCAUUGGCUAGACUAUGGUGGAUUUAUUUUAAUUGUUCUUUGUCAUCAUGUAUUUGUAAGAAUCUGAAAAAUUGUUCAACCACAAAUAUAUUCAAGUGGUUGUUUAGGCACCAGUUUGGAAUGUCCAUGAGUGACUCAAGUUAUAACUUAUACAAUGCUGUGUAUGCUGUGGCCCACUCACUCCAUAAAAUGCUUCUGAAACGAGUAGACAUAUGGUCAGAGAAUGCUGGAAAAGGACUGGAAUUGAACUCCUGGAAGAUGUUCUCUUUUCUGAAGAACAUACAAUUUAUAAAUCCUUCUGGAGAUCUGGUGAAUAUGAACCAAAAGACAAAACAGGAUACAGAGUAUGACAUUUUCUAUAUCACAUAUUUUAAUCACUUUGGACUUAAAGUGAAAAUAGGAAAGUUUUCUGGACAGUUUCCAAAUGAUCCACAAUUGUACAUAUCGGAUGAAAUGAUACAGUGGGCCACAGAUUUUAGACAGAGUCCACCCUCUGUAUGCAGUAGGCCCUGCAGUCCAGGACACAGAAAAUCCCCUCAGGAAGGAAUGGCUGUCUGCUGUUUUGAUUGUGAUCCAUGUCCAGAAAAUAAAAUUUCCAAUAUGACAAACAUGGAUGAUUGUGUGAAGUGUCCAGAUGAUCAGUAUAGCAAUGCAAAACGAACUCACUGCCUCAAAAAAGUUGUGAGCUUUCUGGCUUAUGAAGACCCCUUGGGAAUGUGUCUGGCCAGCUUGGCUCUGUGUUUUUCUUCUCUUACAGCUAUUGUACUAGGUAUAUUUUUGAAACAUCAAGAUACACCCAUAGUUAAGGCCAAUAACCGAGUUCUCAGCUAUGUCCUCCUCAUCUCCCUCAUAUUUUGUUUUCUCUGUCCCUUGCUUUAUAUUGGUCAUCCCCAUAUGGCCACCUGUUUCUUGCAGCAGACAACGUUUGCAAUUGUCUUCACUGUGGCUGUCUCCUCUGUCUUGGCUAAGACAAUUACUGUGGUACUAGCAUUCAAAGUCACUGUUCCAGAUAGAAGAAUGAGGUGGCUGCUGGCAUCAGGUGCACCUAACUUCAUCAUUCCCAUCUGCACUGUGAUCCAACUGAUUCUCUGUGGAAUCUGGAUGGGAACUUCUCCUCCGUUUGUUGAUGAGGAUGUACAUGCUGAGCAUGGCCACGUUUUGAUUGUCUGCAACAAAGGUUCAGUUUUUGCUUUCCACUGUGUCCUGGGAUAUUUGGGCUCCCUUUCCCUGGCGAGCUUCAUUGUAGCUUUCCUGGCCAGAAAUCUGCCUGACACAUUCAAUGAAGCCAAGUUCCUGACAUUCAGCAUGAUGGUGUUCUGCAGUGUCUGGAUCACCUUCCUUCCUGUCUACCAAAGCACCAAGGGCAAGGCUACAGUAGCUGUGGAGAUUUUCUGUAUCUUGGCCUCAAGUGCAGGGCUACUUUCUUGCAUCUUUGCCCCAAAGUGCUACAUUAUUUUGUUCAAACCACAGAUAAAUUCUUUUCAUAAGGUCAGGAAAAGAAAUUCUAAAUCUGAAAAUAUCCAUUAA